AUGAUUUGAAAAAUUUCUAUACAUGAAAUUAGAAUACUAACUCUAGUAUCAGGAUCUGUGUUAUGUGGAAUUGCUGGUAUCAAGAAAGUUAGAACAGGUGUAAUAGAUGUAAUUGAGUGAGAACUUUUUAAUUUGGUAAGAAGAAGUAUUGUAUUUACUGUAAUUUUGGAUUGAGUGUCUCUAUUAUUUAUGAGUUUUGUUUUUUUAAUUUCUGGAAGGGUACUUUUUUAUAGAGGAAGUUAUAUAGCUGAAGAUAAAACUUCUAAUCGUUUUAUGUAUCUUGUUUUAGCUUUUGUACUUUCAAUAAGAUUAAUAGUGUUAAGGCCAAACUUAAUCAGAAUUCUGUUAGGUUGAGAUGGAUUAGGAUUGGUGUCAUAUGCUUUAGUUAUUUAUUAUAGAAAUGAAAAAUCUGCUAAUGCAGGUAUACUAACUAUUUUAUCUAAUCGAGUAGGAGACGUAGCAAUUUUAUUAAGAAUUGGUUUAAUAAGAAGACUUGGAAGAUGAAAUUUUUUUUUCUAUAGAUAUUACUUAAAUGAGGAGUGGGUGUUAUUAAAAGUAUUUUUAAUAAUUUCAGCUAUAACAAAAAGGGCCCAAAUUCCAUUUUCUGCAUGAUUGCCUGCUGCUAUAGCAGCACCAACUCCUGUUUCUGCUUUAGUUCAUUCUUCAACUUUAGUAACUGCGGGAGUCUAUUUAAUAAUUCGAUUUAGGGCUGCUCUAGAAGGUUCUUUAGUUCAGAGGUGGUUAUUAAUUAUUUCUUGUCUGACAAUGUUUAUAGCAGGACUUGGUGCUAAUUUUGAAUAUGAUUUAAAGAAAAUUAUUGCUUUGUCUACUUUAAGACAAUUAGGAGUGAUAUUAAGAAUUUUGUCCUUAGGGUAUGCCGAUUUAGCUUUUUUUCACCUUUUAAGACAUGCUUUAUUCAAAGCUUUACUUUUUAUAUGUGCUGGGGUUGUAAUUCAUAGAGUGGGCGGUUAUCAGGAUAUUCGUUUUAUAGGAAAUUUAGUAAAAUUUAUACCUUUGACUGUAUCAUAUAUAACUAUCUCUAACUUAGCUCUAUGUGGAUUUCCUUUUAUAGCAGGAUUUUACUCUAAAGAUAUAAUUUUAGAGGUAGCUUUUAUAAGAAGAAUUAAUUUUAUUGCUUUAAUAUUGUAUAUUAUGGCUACAGGAUUAACAGUUAUAUAUACAAUACGCUUAAUUUUCUAUUCAAUCAGGGGAGAAUAUAAUCUGGGAUCUAUCAAUAAUCUCUCGGAUGAGGAUUAUAUAAUAACUAAUUCUAUAAGAGGGCUAGGACUGGGAGCUAUUCUAGGAGGAGCUUGUUUAGGAUGAAUGUUAUUUCCUGAGUGUUACAUGAUCUGUUUAAGAUUUAUUAUGAAAAUAAUAGUAAUUAUAGUAAGAGUCUUAGGAGGUUUAAUUGGUUAUACACUAAAUAUAAUGAGAGUUAAUUUUACUUUAAAAAGAUUGAGAAAUUAUAGAUUAAUUGUGUUUAUAGGGUCUAUAUGAUUUAUACCUGCCUUAAGUACUUUAAAGUUGAGGGAAAAAAGACUUAGCUCAGGGAGAUAUGUAGAAAAAGUAUUAGACAAGGGUUGAUUUGAGUUUUAUGGAGGUCAGGGUUUAAAUUAUAUAUUUUCUAAUUUAUUUUAUAUGUUAAAUAGUAUACAUUUAAAUAGAGUUAAAAUUUUUCUGAAGGUAGCUGUAAUCACUAUAAUCGUAUUUAUAGUAGCUGUUCUUUAA